CGAGGAAGUGCACCAAUAAAUGGUCCCACAGCUGGAAAUGCUGAGACCUGGUGUACUGUGGCGUCGAUGGCUGAGGCCUCGCACCACCAAGGUCGGAGCAGAGAAACUUGGUUGUCGAGAGGUGGCUUCCGGCGUCCCUCCCCUAGGCAGCACGUCUCCUGGAGUCCUAAAUAUCUUCGAUCGGGUUUUGAAGAGGAAACAGAAAAACUGGGCGGCCCAGCAGCCCGAGCUAAUGAGAUUUGACUACCUGAGAGAGGAGGUUGGAAGUCAGAUUGCAGACCGGGUAUAUGACAUAGCAAGAGAUUUCCCCCUUGCUUUGGAUGUUGGUUGUGGAAGAGGUUACAUAGCACAACAUUUGAAUAAGGAAACGAUUGGAAAGUUUUUCCAAACAGACAUUGCAGAAAAUGCUUUGAAAAAUUCCCUAGAAACAGAAAUUCCUACUGUCAGUGUUUUAGCUGAUGAAGAAUUCCUUCCCUUUCAAGAAAAUACAUUUGAUCUGGUGGUUAGCAGUUUAAGUUUACACUGGGUUAAUGACCUUCCUAGAGCACUUGAACAGAUUCAUUAUGUUUUAAAACCAGAUGGAGUGUUUGUUGGUGCAAUGUUUGGAGGUGACACCCUGUAUGAACUUCGGUGUUCGUUACAAUUAGCAGAAACGGAAAGAGAAGGAGGAUUUUCUCCACACAUUUCUCCUUUUACUGCUGUCAGUGACCUAGGACAUCUGCUUGGGAGAGCUGGCUUUAAUACGCUGACUGUGGACACUGAUGAAAUUCAAGUUAACUAUCCUGGAAUGUUUGAAUUGAUGGAAGAUUUACAAGGUAUGGGAGAGAGUAACUGUUCCUGGAAUAGAAAAGCCCUGCUGCAUCGAGACACGAUGCUGGCAGCUGCAGCAGUUUACAGAGAAAUGUAUAGAAAUUCGGAUGGUUCAGUACCUGCCACAUACCAGAUCUAUCACAUGAUAGGAUGGAAAUACCACGAUUCUCAGGCAAGACCAGCUGAAAGAGGUUCUGCAACUGUGUCAUUUGGAGAGCUAGGGAAACUAAAUCUUAUGUCACAGGAGAAAAAAUCACAAUAAAUGUUUUGUUUUGUUUUUCACAAUAAAUUUUUUUUUUCUGUGUAAUGUCCACAAUUUUCAUGACAGAUGGGUAGCUUUCAGAUAGAUAUGGUGGCACAUGCAUGCAUGCAUGCGCACACACACACACACACACACACACACACACAAACACACACGCACACACCUGUACAUAGUUCCUACUAGUUGGGAGCCUGAAAUAGGAGGGUCACUAGUUUGGGGCCAGCAUGGGCAACUUAAUGAGACACUGUCUCAGAAAAAAACAUGAAUAGUUUUCACACGUAAAAUUAUAUUUUAGAACAAGCAAUUUAUAAGCUAUUUACUAACAGGCUUUUUAAAUAAUUAUAACAAGCUAAUAUUGCAUCUGUAUUUAACCAUUUCAGGUUCUUGUUGUUUUUAUUUUAUUUUAUUUUAUUUUUUGGUUUUUUGAGACAGUGUCUCACU